CUUCUGGGCACCGCCACACACCUCGCCGAAAUUAACUCCCUUCUCGAUGGCGUCUCCUUCGCUCCUACAUUCCGCCGCUGCGGCGGCAUUUCGCGGUCAGCCCCUUAUAUUUUUCCCCUCCGGCGGCCACGCGACUCCCGUUCAGAAGAAACCCUCGAAACGGCAACGGGUUGGUCUCGGUGAUUGAGAGCGACUGCUGAGAUUGUGCUGUUGGAGAAAUCGGAAGCGAGAAGGUGAAUCGCCUGAAGACCACUCUACCUCGAAAAAUCGUUCCUCUUCUCAUGGAAGAGUUCUCCUACUCUAACAUCAUCAGGUCGCGAGUGGGUUUUCUCUUUUCCUCUGGCACUGGCCUGUACCUCUUUCUAAUAUCCAAUUCUGUCAUCAUCUUAUCUGAAAUUUGUUUGGAUCGAAUUCUCGGGCUUGGAGAAUAGGAUAAGAUUGGCUUUCUGAAAUGGGCGUUCAAAUAUUUUGGUUUAGUUUUUUUUUGGUUGUGUGAACAGUUGAGGAAAGGAUAGGACUAGUAACUUCCGAAACCAUCGAUGAUGCGCUAGAUUGAGUGUAAUGACAUCAACAAAGCUCUAGCAGAUUUCAUGGAAUGCUCCGGUUCGCCCUAAGUUGAGUGACUGCCUUGCAAGUUGCACGUAAAGCUUCCAAGAUGUUUAGACCUAUCAGGCUAAAGUUCUUCCCUUGAUGCGAUGUGCCCCAACUUCAUGUCGCCGUCAACCAUGUUUCCAAAAUUGACAAGAUUGUGCUCAACUGUGGGAUUGGGGAAGCUGCACAGAAUGCCAAGGGACUGGACGCAGCGAUGAACGACUUAGCCCUGAUUGCCGGCCAGAGACCAGUGAAAACUCGAGCACGUAACUCCAUUGCCACUUUCAAGAUCCGGGAGGGUCAGCCACUUGGAAUCGCGGUAACACUCAGAGGAAAUGUGAUGUUCUCAUUCUUAGACAGGCUCAUAAACUUGGGGCUUCCAAGGACAAGGGAUUUCCAGGGUGUGACCACUAGUAGCUUUGACGGACAUGGGAAUUACAGCAUUGGAAUAAGAGAGCAAGGUGUGUUCCCAGAGAUCAAGUUUGAUCUAUCAGGAAAGCCGAGGGGAAUGGACGUGUGCAUCUCAACCACAGCUAACACAGAUCAAGAAGCCCAGAAAAUGUUGACUUUGAUGGGAAUGCCCUUCAGGGAAGGUGGCGGUGGUAGUGCCACUGGUUUGCCAAAGAAGAAGAAACUCAAAGCUCACCAUUUCGACCCAAAGGCCAAAGGGAAGUCAUCAAGGAGACGUUAGGGGAUGAGAAGUGGCGUAUCUAUUCCACCAUUGUCUACAUUUGUUGUUGUGUUCUACUUGUAGUAAUGCGCAUUGAUCGUCUUAGAGUGGUUCAAGUCAAAGGCAGCCUCCUCGAACGUGAGACUUACUUAGGACGCUUGACAUCGCAUUUAAUGUAAUAAGUUUUAACAAUUGGGUAUAAAUACCCCUGUGUAUGCAUUGAGGGUAACUCAAAUACUUCCUCUCUCACUAAACCUACCACUAAUUUCUACUUCUCUCUAAUUUAAAUUAGGA